AUGCCAAACCACCUGCUAACAUGUAAAUCUGAGAUAAUCCUACAGCCACCAGGUGACUUUACGAGACCAGACCUCUACAGUCGCAAGAGAUGGAGAAGAGUACAAUAUUUGACCAAUCAGUUUUGGCAAAGAUGGCGAAAAGAAUACAGCAACAUGCUACAGUACGAAAGAAAAAAGUGGACACGUCAGCGCAGGAAUAGCAGAGUAGGGGAUACUGUCAUUGUGCGUGAUGACGAUCUUGCCAGAAAUAACUGGCCACUCGGAAAAGUCAUAGAAGUCUAUCCCAGCGACGACAACCUCGUACGCAAAGUACGAAUCCUCGUAAGUUAUGGAGGUAAAUUGAGCCAUUUGGACAGACCUGUGCAUAAAUUGGUUCUUAUCGUUGCCCAAGAAGAUGGUGAAAAAGUGAACAUUUGA